AUGCUGGCCUCCGGGGUGUCCCACCUGCUCAGGUUCACCCAGAAACUGGCUUGCAGAGGGCUGCUGGCGUCCUGUAACUUUUCAAAAGAAGCUAAGUUUGAAAUGAAGAGCUGCGAUCUUUAGGGGUUGGAAGAGGGUCCUCCUGUCCCAACAGUACUCACCAGGGAGGAUGGGACCAAAUACUACAGGACAAUGCAGGUGGUCCCCGCUUGCUAUGUGGGGCUUCAGGCAGGAAUAAAGCCCUCGGAUCAUGUCAUCACAUCCUAUCAUGGCAUAGGCUACCGGGGACUUAGCAUUGGAUCCAUUCUGGCAGAGCUGACUGCUCCGAGAGGAGGUUGUGCUAACGAAAAGUGAGGCUGGAUGCACUUGUAUGCCAGUAAAUUCUGGGGCAAAGGCAUUGUGGGGGCGCAGGUGCCCCUAGGAGCUGGUGUCACCCUGGCCUGUAACUAUGUGGGAAACGAUGAGAUCUGUUUGACUUUAUAUGGGGAUGGUGCUGCUAAUCAGGGCCAGGUAGCCGAAGCACACAAUAUGGCAGCCUUGUGGAAAUUACCCUGUGUUUUCAUCUGUGAGAAUAAUCUCUAUCGAAUGGGGACAUCUGUUGAGAGAGCAUCAGUCAACACGGAAUAUUACAAGAGAGAAUUUAUGCCUGGGCUGUGGGUAGAUGGGAUGGAUAUUAAGUGUGUUUGGGAGGCGACAAAGUUUGUUGCUGACUAUUGUAGAUCUGGAAAGGGGCCUAUACUGAUGGAGUUGCAGACCUACCGUUAUCAUGGCCAUAGUACAAGUGAUCCAGGACUCAGUUAUCGCACAUGGGAAGAAGUUCAGAAGGUAAGAAGUCAGUAGGAUCCUAUCUUGCUUCUCCAAGAGACACUGGUAAAAGACAAGCUCACCAGGAUGGACGAGUUGAUGGAAAUCGAAGCUAACGUGAAGAAACAAGUUGAGGAGCCAGCCCAGUUUGCUAUAACUGAUCCGGAAUCACCUUUGGGUGAAUUAGGCUUCCACCUUUACAACAGUAACCCACUUUUUGAAAUUUGUGGUCCGAAUCAAUGGAUCAAGUUGAAGUCCAUCAGUUAA